AUGGACCCGAGACUGGCACUUAUGGUUUUCCUGUGGGUCUGGGCGCAGUCCUUGCACUGUAUCUUGUGCGGCGAGAAAUUGGCUCUGCUGUCGGCCACGCUACGCACAUACCAGAAGGCGGCCUGCGAUACGGAUCAGAUUAUGAUUACUUGCCCGCGAGGCACUAGUAUAUCCAUAGAAUUUGCUCAAUACAACAAAUUUAUUGGCAAAGAUGGUUAUACCAUUGAAGAUCUGUGCCCAAGCAGUGCACGAGCUGGAGCGGAGAUACGCGGUAAGGCAAAGCACUUAUGGCGCGGCUCCAUCUUUGGCUCACCAAGCGAUAAGCUAUUGCCAAACCCUUACAUGAGCAGCGGCUACGGAGCUAUACCCGCAGACGUCAUUAGCAGCACAAGUGCCAUUUCCACUAAUGCAGGCUCGUCGACGGAGACGGCUGAUGCUCAGGCCAUCGACAGCAAUGCAGACAACUUUCCCGUAAAUUGCAUGUGGCCGAAUGCUUUGCAGUACUCGUUGCUACAGACAGUCGUGGAGGCUUGUCAAAAAAAGAAGCACUGCAAAUUUCAUGGGUCGCCGCAAUUCUACGGCCAAGGCACCAGUGGAGUGGGCGAUGCGUCUGGAACCAGUAGUUAUCAUAGCAGCACCACCAGUUCCAACGUAAUCAGCAACGACCCGUGCCCGAAGCAACGGAAAAUCGUCGAAGUUGCGUAUAAAUGUCGACCCUACGAGUUCCGCAGCAAAGUCGCCUGCCACAAUGACGUCGCCCAGUUGGAGUGCAAUCCCUACUCCCGCAUCGCUGUGUACAGCGCCAGUUUCGGGCGAACUGAGUACGAAAGCAUACAAUGCCCACAGCCCCUGGGUGUACGGGAAGAAACCUGCCUAGCGUCGUAUGCGACUGAGACAGUCAUGCAAAUCUGCCAUGGUCGACGGCGAUGCAACUUGGCAGCCGACGCAAAUACAUUUGGCACUCCAUGCCAACCUAAUUCACGGAUGUAUCUGAAGGUUGUUUACACAUGUGUUCCUAAACAAGUGCUCAAAGAGAGCAACGAUUCUGAAGUUGAACCUGACGAAUCAGACGAUUUUGAUGGCGAUAUCAAUGACCUGUACGACGAUGAGCUCAUUUACAAGGAGUCUGAGGCGGUACCAAAACUAUACAGUAAUACAACAUCCAAGACUUCACGAAACGGUGGGGCAACCGGCAUCCCUGCUACGAAUUCGACUAGGGCUGAAAACAAUCCUGCUGUGACGAACAGCUCCCUGGGCAUGGAUGGCGUUACCACUGGUAUGAACCCAACAAUGACGCACAGCGCCGACCUGAGUCUGGAAGAUGACCAGGAACGGCUUUACUUCUAUUUGCUAAUCAUAGCAUCCUCAGGAGUGCUUUUCUGCAUUCUCAUUUUGGCCACUCGCUUGGUGCUGCAGAGGCGCCGGCGGUCUGCGAGCGAUACCCUCUCGAACUCCUCGAUAAAAGGGGCCGGUCUGAGUGGAUUGGCGGACGAGACGAUUAUUCAAAGCGGCUUCAACGACACGGUCUCGGAGAUUGAUGGUGAUAUAGAUCUUACCAGUAUCCCAGUGUCUAGCGUUUCCAAAAACGAGAACUACGUGGCACCAACUAGUAGCUUAUAUACCAGUCUCGCGCCAGGCCAACUUUCUGCUGGAUGCAAUUCAAGCAAUAGCAGUACUCCUGGUCUGAUUAACAAUCCGAUACUGCUUGGCGCACGCCAGUCACCAGACCUAAUUUUUACAGGCCCUGUGACAAGCAUACUUUCCCCAGCUACCGUAAUCGAGGCUAGUGUUAACUCACCUGCUGGUGGCCAUCCGGGCAGCAGUGCAAUAAGUACUAUGGUGCCCAUUACUUCACUAGCGCAAUACACGACGGCUCCUACCCUUCGCGCCGGCUACAUUAUUAGUCCUGAUGGAAUUCUGCAGCGACCAAACAACACACCAACUCCACCAGCGGCGCUAGCUGCUGCUUCGCCUGUGCAUCCACACCUUUCUACCUCGCAGAUGCAGUCGUCACUUGUGAUUGCACCGAUUAACCAUCUGCCGGGCACAACGAUGCUGCGUCGGCCGAAGCCAAAUGCUGCAGCGUUAAUGCCACAACUCUCAUACGACGGUAGCUCGCCGCGCACCCUCUCCACCGGCAUGCCCGUUAGUUCGCAGCUGUACUACGGAUGACAGAGCAGUCUGGGCUGUGAACCCCACGUCUACACCACAGCCGUCAGUAUCGCAGCAUCUGCUAACGCAACCUCUACAAACGUCCCGGUCCACAUAAAGCCAGCCACCGAUAUCAGCACAGGUUCGCAGACUGCCGAGACUCCACAGGUUGCUGUAGGUCCCUAGUCACCGACCGCCACCACAUCUAGCAUUACCGACAAUACAAAAAAACACACAUCUAGUAAUUCGCAGGAGUGAGAACAACAAAUUCAGUAACCACGUAAACGACAUAUAUUGAGUAGAGAUGGAAGCCUCCCCCUCUUUUACAGUUGCUAAAUCGGUUGCUCUGGGUAUGAGCUCUUGAAUUUAUAGUAUGAAUCAUAUGGAUGAGUUUUCGGUGACUUUAAAUACCUAAUGAGUGGAAUAAUUUUAGGACGUAUCCGAAAGGCCUCCGAACAAAUUUAUUUACGAGUAUGUAGGUUAAGACAGCGAUUGAGAGCAGCGAACGGAGGGCAGGGUACUUUCCCCACAUUCCUCUCCUGUACAUAUUUAAACUUUUUUUAAACACAUUUUUAGUGUUCGAUGGCUGAUAUUUUUAAAAUCUAUUAGACAAAUUCGUGCAGUCUUGUUUUCAAGCUUCGAGGUGGCAGCCGAGUCAGAGCGAUGCUUUUUCAAAGUUCCCAUAAAAGUACGAGUAUUAUUCCAUAGUCUGUAUAUCUUAUGUUCAUGUUAGUAAUUUUCCCCUACGCUCAUUACUUGUCACCGGUCUCUUAUACUUCGAUUAGUACAAACCAUGCCAGUUGUUUGCUAUAAGAUUAUAUAGAUUUUAAUGGUACAGCAAGAAAUUGUGGAUAUUGUUUGAAUGCUCACGCGACGAAGCCAAGGCAACAAUAUAGCCAAAUUACCUAUUCCGUGGGUGCAAUAUGAAUGUGUGCAAAAAUUUCAAAAUUAAUCAAUAUAACGACAAAUACACUGUUUGUAGUGUCUACAAAGAGGUUUUUAAUUAUUUGUGAUUCGUAGAGCUACAAAUACGAGUACAGGCUGUCAUGGGGUUGUGCAAAGUAAAUAAUUUCAAUUUCCUCUAUUAGGUAUCUGUCUCUAUAUAGAGAUACUAACAGAUAAAAAUCUCUGUGAAGUGAAAUGUUGAAAAUGCUUAUGAUUAAUGACUCCUGCUAGUUAUCUUUAUCAAAUGCAUGUGUUUCAUUGCCUCAACAUGUUAAGUUAAAUCAAAAUAGGUGCACCAUAGUAUAUCACGAUUAGAGCCAGAAACUUUAUUUCAGUUGAAGCACUUUUGCGAGAGGGGCACAUGAAAGGUACACAAGUGUCCGGCUCCCGAGUUUUAAGCGUUUUAUGAGUUUUUUUUUAUAAUGUCCAACUGGUUCAGAAGUUCUAUCGACAUCGGUGCACAAUGUAAGCAGCUGGAGGGAUUGACAGACAGAUAGAAAGACGUUUCUAUAUUUACUGUUCCCUGAAAGUAGAAGGGAUAGAAUUGUGGUGGCAGCUCUUCAUUUGUUAAUUAGUUCUACUUCCCCUUGGUACCUUUAAGUGGCUGAUUGCUAAACGUAAAUGGUUAUAAACAGUUUUCAAUCUACAAUGUGGAAACAGUCAUCAACAUUAUCACAUUACUUUGAAAUUGGACGACUAGAGAAAUUCUUAUAACAAUUCAAUACCAUACACGUGCAUAAGUUAACCAAGAUGUACCUAAGCCCAAGAUACACGUGAAGCAUAAUUACAGCAAAAACAAAAAACCCCUCCCCCAUUGUCCUUAAUUUCCGCAGUUUUGGGGCGAUAUAGUGUUUUGAAAAUAAGUUUCCUUGAAAUAUGAAAAUUGAUUUGAAGACAGGGAAUUAUAUAUGAAGUGGUCCAGUUUGGUCAGACAAUCCCCACUUUAAACCAGACGGACGGGCAUAUCUAGAUUAAUUUGUUUCAGCGUGGACUUUGCACGAACCUUAGAUACAAUUUUUACCCUUUAAAGUACAGUGCAAAAUGAUUGGCAUUAAAAAACUGUUUCUGACCUUAUGUUUCAGUUGUUGUUUGAAAACAAGAGGCCACUGGUGUCAACUUCAUCUAGGAUUAAUCCUAGAUUAAAUGUUUGUGCUCAACAUUAUAAAAAUCUGUUUAAGUUGCUGUUUCUGCUCGAAAUUCUGUCAAUAAACAUUUGUUCCCCGCGAAUAUUAGCCGCCCAAGCUUCAGCCAAUCAAUGUGAAAUAUUUCUUCGUAUUUCUGGAGUCGUUUUCAGGUUUUUAUAGAAUUGUAUCUCUUGCAUUUAGUAUGUAAGUUCUAGCAUGUAAUUUAUGCUAUAAGGGCUUUUCAGACAAUGCCUCGUUACGUUUGCGUUUGUCUCGAUUAUUACAUGUAGUAUCACGAUUUUGUGUUAAAAAGAGAAGUGCCUUUCUAAUUAAUAUAUAAGAGUGUUUGUAUGAUAAUAUUCUAGUUCUAAGCACUUACCUAACCGUAAAAGCUAAAAAUCAGCAUGUAAUAAAUAAUUAACUCUCCUAACUUCAAUAAGGAAUCAGCCCCCAUACGCAGUUAUUCAAUUCCAUAUUGAAGUUGAUGAUAUUAUAAAUAUUCUAUGAAUUGCCAAGCGAAUGGGCACACAAUGUCUGGAAACUAGUUCUAUUUCAAGGAUGUGCCACCAAGAAAGCUGUAAAAUAAAAAUAUGUAUGUAAAAAGGCACAUUUUUCAGUAAGUCACACUAGGAACAAGAGAAAAUAAAUCAUAAAGUAAUCGUAUUUGUAAAACACCAAGCCAAAUAUAAAUUACACAAAAACAACAACGGUUAAUUAAUGAAAAAUGCGCACAGGUAUUUCAGCUACUCGUAAAGCCCCCUAUUAUGUACAUAACUGCAAUAAUUGAGAAGGUAUCAAAAAAUAAAUAAAUAAAUAAAGACGUGUUUUUUAAUGUUUAAAAAGAAAAUCAUACCAAACAAAUGUCAGUUAAAAUGUA